GGAUUCCCUUCGUUAGGAUGGUGGUUCCAUUCCGCCUCUGUUGCACACUUGUCCCAACUUUCACGAUACGGUACCCUCUCAAAAUUCCACUGUUUUGGAUUCGUCUCUCCCCACCCUCAAACUGCACGAAUCUAAAGAGCUCCUCAACUCCCAAGGUUGUUCCCUCUCAAUCCAGAGGGCCACCGUUCGUUGAUUCAGAGGUGAUCAAGCAGUGACGUAAUGGGUUCAUCUAUGGUAGAUGCUGUUCCUGCAAUGCAGGAAAUUAUGCUGGAGUUUCGUGCUGGAAAAAUGUGUUGUGAGGGAAAAAGGGUUGUCCCUGAUACACGUAAAGGGCUUGUCCGCAUAGCAAGGGGUGAGGAGGGACUGGUCCAUUUUCAGUGGCUUGAUCGGAUACAAAAUGUUGUCGACGAUGAUCAGAUUGUUUUUCCUGAUGAGGCAGUCUUUGAGAAGGUUGAUCAAGCAUCUGGAAGGGUUUACAUACUAAAGUUCAAUACAGAUGAUAGGAAGUUCUUCUUUUGGAUGCAGGAGCCAAAAGCUGACGGUGAUGCACAGUUAUGUGAUUCAGUCAACUAUUACAUCAAUCGACCUUUAGAGUUCAUUGCUGAAGAUGAGCCUGAUGCAUCAGUUCCUGUGCAAAUUUCUGAAGACAUGGUUGAAGAUGACAUCUCAUCAAGAGCUGGGAACUUGGUUGGCCCAAAUUUGGGUACUGAUGUAACUAGUGAUGUAACCUCAUCAUCUGGACCUGUUAAGUUGGCAGACUUGCAAAGAAUUUUGAGUAAUAUUGGGUCUGCAGAUGGUGCUGAAGAUCUUGAUGGAGGUCUAGGAUUAGGGGAUAUUUUAAAGCCUGAUUUGAUACUGCCAUUGAUUGAGACACUACCACUGGAACAGUGUUUAGCAUCAUAUUUACCUGAGGGUCAAUGGACUCCAGAGGAUUUAAUAGAUUUGCUGCAGAGCCCACCUUUCCGUCAGCAAGUUGAUUCAUUUACUUAUGUACUUCGAACGGGUCAGAUAGAUUUGUCACAGUUUGGAAUUGACCCAAGUAAAUGUUGCCCUAAUGCUACAAUAUCCAAAAUGACUUGGUUUUCAAAUAAGGGGGUCUUCCCAUUUGAUCUUGAGCUCUUACGUAGCCCCCUUCUUUCACUGCAGACAAGUGCACGGUUUUGUCUUUUCUUGAGGCACUUGAAGAUUCAGUUUCAAGUAACUCAGCGUCUGAGGAAUUGAGGCAGGAUGACAAGGAUUCAAGUUGUCAAACUCGUAACCCUAAUGAUCCAAUGGAUGAGGGUCAAUAGCAGAUGGGCAUAGAGAUUAUGCAGGCGUGUUGUUUAUUUAUUUGUCAUGCUGCUUGUUUAUAGCAGAGAAGGGACUUCGAUUGGUUUUGUUCUUUUCCAUACACAGCCGGUCACAGAGAGAGAGAGAGAGAGAGAGAGAGAGAGAGAGAGAGAGCUUGCUGCAGCGAUGUAUUGAAAAAUGCAAAAUAAAUUAAAUGUUGUGUUAAAGAGUUGUGGCUUCAAAUAUACGCGCGAGUAAUAAGUUUCACAUGCUAAA